AUGAAAUAUUUCUUAAUCUUUCUCGCUUUUGCAGCAGCAACUGCGAUCGCUUAUCAAAUACCAUAUUACAUUUUCAUGGACUGCUAUGAUCCCAUUUGCAGACUUAAGAACAUGUAUGGAUUUCAUUGCAAAAAUGGUCUCUGUUCUUACGUCUGUAAUGCUGGUGGAUGUCGGUCUGAUGGUCUCCCAAGUAGGAGUAUGCUCGGUGCGUCAAAUCUAAUUUUCUAUGGUUGUGAGAACCCAAUGUGUGUGAUGGAUGGUUUCUAUGGGUAUGGUUGCUAUAGUGGAGCAUGCCAAUUCAUUUGCUCAGACACCGGUUGCUAUGAGGGCACUCGCGUGAACCCGGAAUCCAGAAAGACAAGGAGAAACAGGAAGAAGAAACUCGGUGAGAAAUAUGUUAAACUUCAAGAGGAAAUUGAGAGUCGGGAGAAGAGUGAGUCUGAAAAAUCCAAAGAUGAAAUCGCAACUUCCGAACCGGUCAUCAAGACAACAACAACAGUGGGACCUUUGUCACCAAACCACAAUGUAGCCAUCACAACCGCUGGAACUAAAACUUUUAUUGAUGAAGCCAAAACUACUGUCCCAACGCCGAAAGAAGACAGCCCGACUCGUUCUCCCACCUCACUAGCCAAGGUAACAGAGGCUUCAGAAGGUAAAGCUGCAGAUUCAAGGAUUGCACCAGAAUCCAAUCCUCUGGAAGAGAAGAAGCCUCCAAAGCAAACAACAAAGAAGGAAAAUAAGAAAGUAGAAAAUGAACCAAUGGAAGUUGCCAAGAAGAAGGAGAGUAAGAAAGCAAAACCGAAGAGAAUGUAG